UGUCAAUCGAAAAAAGCAUCACAUUUUAAAAAUUGUUGUUCCGAGAUCAACGCGGCGUCAUUUUCCGUAAAAUAUCAGAGGAAAUUCGAUUUCUUUUCCCAAUUUUCCGUUCGUAACGUAAACAUAAGCCAACCAGAACAACGAUGGAUGAUGACGCGGAGACCUACAAGCUGUGGCGAAUCCGCAAAACCGUGAUGCAGCUCAGCCACGAUCGAGGUUAUCUCGUGACGCAGGAUGAAUUGGACCAGACGUUGGAACAGUUCAAGGAGCAGUUUGGGGACAAACCGAGUGAAAAGCGUCCUGCUCGGUCCGAUCUUAUUGUGCUGGUGGCGCACAACGACGAUCCGACGGACCAGAUGUUUGUCUUCUUCCCGGACGAACCGAAAAUCGGCAUCAAAACCAUAAAGACGUACUGCACCCGUAUGCAGGAGGAAAACAUCCACCGGGCCAUCGUGGUGGUCCAGGCCGGUAUGACCCCGUCAGCCAAGCAAUCGCUCGUGGACAUGGCCCCGAAGUACAUCCUGGAGCAGUUCCUCGAGUCGGAGCUGCUGAUCAACAUAACCGAGCACGAGCUGGUGCCGGAACACGUCGUGAUGACGCCGGAGGAGAAGCAGGAGCUGCUGGCGCGAUACAAGCUCAAGGAGAACAUGCUGAUGCGGAUCCAGGCGGGAGAUCCGGUGGCGCGAUACUUUGGACUGAAGCGUGGCCAGGUGGUGAAAAUCAUCCGACCCUCGGAAACGGCAGGACGGUACAUUUCCUACCGAUUAGUGUGUUAAGAGUUAGAGUAAAAGGCAAAUAAAACGUGAAGCGGGCUGAAAAUGUGAAA